AAGCAGAGGAAGGUAAGUGUUAACGUAAUCCGUUGUUGACAAUUGAAAACUCAAAACUCAUUUCUCUGUUUCUUCUUCUUCCUCCUCCAUCUCCUCUCUUCUUCUGUCCUUUUCUGCUGUUUCUUGUCUCUUUGGAACUUUCCUCUCUCUCUCUCUGGAAUUAUUAUGAUAUGAUAUGAUAUGAUGAUGAUAAAAGACGACACCACCAACAAGAAGAUCCUAAUCCAUAGCGUUUACCCUUUUCUGCUCUUCUCUCCCUCCCAUUAGUCUCUACAUUCAAAUUCUUAUAUAUACAUAGCUGUGAAUGUAUGUAUAGCUAUACAUAUAGAUAGAUACGUACACGUAUACACAUACGUAUAUAGCUAUAUAUAGUAACUAACAAAAGCAAGCUAAGGACCGACAGGAAUGGCGGCUGGUUUUGUGGCGUGGGUGGUGGUGUUCUUGUUAGGGGCGGCGACGGCGGCGGUUGGUGGAUCUCCGGCGACGCUGAGCUUGGAGAGGGCGUUUCCGACGAAUCAUGGAGUGGAGCUGAGUCAGCUGAGAGCACGUGACAUGCUGAGGCACAGAAGAAUGCUUCAGUCCACUAAUAAUGGGGUCAUUGAUUUCCAAGUUCAAGGCACCUUCGAUCCCUUCCAAGUCGGGUUGUACUAUACAAAAGUGCAGUUGGGUUCUCCUCCAGUUGAUUUCUAUGUGCAGAUUGACACUGGCAGUGAUGUUCUCUGGGUUAGCUGCACCUCUUGCAAUGGUUGUCCCCAAACAAGUGGCCUUCAGAUUCCACUCAAUUUCUUCGAUGCAUCGCGUUCAUCGACGUCUUCGAUGAUCUCUUGCUCGGAUCAGAGGUGCAACACUGGAGUUCAAUCAUCAGAUGCAACCUGUUCCAGUCAGGGUAACCAGUGCUCCUAUAGUUUCCAGUAUGGAGAUGGUAGUGGUACAUCGGGCUACUAUGUUUCGGAUUUGAUGCAUUUCAACACUAUUUUUGAGGGAUCUGUAUCUUCAAAUUCCACGGCAUCUGUUGUUUUUGGAUGUAGCACAGAGCAGAGCGGGGACUUGACAAAGUCUGAUAGAGCUGUCGCUGGCAUAUUUGGAUUCGGACAACAAGGUUUGUCUGUUAUCUCCCAACUUUCCUCGCAAGGAGUAGCUCCAAAUGUGUUCUCUCACUGUCUGAAAGGAGAUAGCAGUGGUGGCGGCAUAUUGGUUCUUGGUGAGAUUGUGGAGCCAAACAUUGUUUAUACUUCACUUGUAGCAUCACAGCCACAUUACAAUUUGAAUCUGCAGAGUAUCUCUGUCAACGGCCAGAAGUUACAAAUUGAUUCAUCAGUUUUUGCAACAUCAAGCAACAAAGGUACCAUUGUUGAUUCUGGAACAACUUUGGCAUAUCUUGCUGAGGAAGCUUAUGAUCCCUUUGUCAAUGCGAUUACGUCUUCAAUUCCACAAUCCGUAAGCAGUGUUAAUUCCAAGGGAAACCAGUGUUACUUAGUCACUGGCAGUGUGUCUGAUAUUUUUCCUCAAGUGAGUCUGAACUUUGCGGGAGGUGCAUCCAUGGAUUUAAAACCACAAGACUAUCUUAUACAGCAGAGUUCUAGUGGUGGUGCAGCAGUAUGGUGUAUUGGCUUUCAGAAAAUCUCUGGUCAAGAUGUUACAAUUCUAGGAGACCUUGUAUUGAAAGACAAAAUCGUUGUUUAUGAUCUUGCUGGUCAACGCCUUGGAUGGGCUCCCUAUAACUGUGGUUCGUCAGUUAAUGUGUCUGCAAAUACUGGCACUGGAAGAAGUGAAUAUGUGAAUGCUGGAGAACUAAGUGGCAGCACUUCUUCACAUGAAGGACUUAACAAGCUGAUAAACAUAGGGUUCUUAGCUUUAACACUGAUUUGCUACAUAGUGAUCUUAUAGCGUAUAUAAAUAUUGUGGGAGCAUAGAAUUAAGAUGUAUUUUUUCCUAUGUAAAUUCUCUUGCCGGUACAUAUUUAUUUGUGGCAAUCGGCAAAAACCACACCCACAUUUAUUAUUUUGAAUGUUGCUUUUUGUGCUUCAUUUAUGCAUUGUUAUAGGUUGGUUUGUCCAAAUUAGCUAUAGGUGAUUCUGUCGGAUACUAUCAGACAUGUAGAAUCAGUUCAUUAAAAUUUUUUGUAUUAUUUUUUGCAA